AUCCUUGUGUUGUGGUCAUGUGACACAUCAGGCUAUCAGCUGUGUAUAAACGAAAAGUGAAACACUGUGAAAUUAGAGAUAAAAGUACAUAUUUAGCUGAAAUUUACAACAAAUGUUGUUAUCUGUGAUAUUUUAACAAUUCAGGUUGUUGACUGUUCAACAGUGAAAAUGAGUCCAAUGAUGAAAACACUGGUAAGAGGCGUGAUUCUGUUCUUCUUCGGUGUGUUUUUCUCUUUGGUUUUGAACUUGCUGCAAGUAUAUCGGGAACAGCUUGACGAGGACAAGCAGCCAGGCAAAUUUGAUCACUACGAGUCAUCCUGGUGGGUUCUUCCAGCAUGUGGCAUGACUGCAGCUUUUGUUGGUUUGCUAUACCCAUUCUUGGAUAAACGUCUGGAGGAGCCAUUGAUUUAUAAGGGAGAAUGGUCCAAUGUGAUGAGAUGUGUAGCUGUGUUCGUUGGAAUCAAUCAUGCUAGCGCUAAACUGGAAUUUUCUAAUAAUUUGCACAUGUCACUGACGCUGGCAGCAAUGUGUAUAGGCCUGUGGUGGUUGUUUGACCGAUCCAAGAGUGGGUUUGUUCUCGGUGUUAGUACAGCUGUCCUUGCUACAGUUCUCACACAGUUUCUAGUUUAUCAGGGAAUCUACAAAUAUUCCAAAGCAGACCUUAUGUUUGUACGAUCGUGGCUUCCAUGUAUAUUUUUCUCAGGGGGAGUCACUAUAGGCAACAUUGGUAGACAACUUGCUAUGUAUGAUACAGACAAGGAAAAGAAAGACUGAAAAAACAGAUCUGUGAUAUAAUACUGGUGAUCUUAGUCAUAAUAUUGUGGUUCUGGGACAAUCCUAUAGCAUAACUGACUUCCAGACACUGGGAAUAGAGGAUAGGGCUGUCCCAAGAAUUACGUGUUCAUAUUUCAUAUCCAUGGUAAAACCAUGCCGCCAUCAAGUUUUGAGGGAUAUGUUUAUGUUUGACAGAAUGGAGUUUGGAAUUUACUGCAGUGUUCAAGAUUAAAGUUUCAGAGAUUCAACAAGAUGGUGAAAUGCUCUGCUAUUGAUGAAGAUGUUCAAUUACUACACAGCUAUACAGUAAAAUUAGGAUUGGAUGCAAGCUGUUAGCACUCUUUUUCACUUAGAUUCUUAAUCUGAUUGUUUAAUGUAAAUCUUUGGGAGGAGAAUUUCGCCUCAGUAAUGAAGAUAUUGACUUUACCUCCAAAUUUAAACUGUUUCUAGCUUGUAUUUGUUUGUUUUUCUGUCUAAGAUGAAAAUGUCUUUCAUGGCUGAACACCAGCUGUUAUAUUUUCGCAAGUGGCAUAGCCACAAGUGAACAUUUAAAUAUGUUGUUAUGAAAUAUAUUAUGAUCUUAUGUGUAAAACAAACAAAUGCUUCUUAUUUUGUCUUUUCAGACAAAAUUUGACAAAUUUUACCGUUUUUGAUAAAAUUGAAGUUUGUAUCUUACUGCCAUAGAUACCAGAUAUUUCACUAAUAUUUAGAUAAUUCACUCUGAAUAGUGUGUCAUUAGAAUCUGGCUGCAUAUUUUUAAAAUUACAUUUCAAUACAGGUUCCUUUGAUGUUUAAGAAAAUUCUCAAAUGAAAAAAAAAUUCUAUGAAAACUGGCCUGUACUGUUGAUGACAUACACAGAAAAUUUAAUUACAACGCAUAUUAUUUCUUGAAAGAAAUUAGAAUUUAUUAAUAAACUUAAAUGGCUGACCAUGUGGUCAUCAUCAACAUAUAUUUCAAUUCCCGAGUUUUCUAAACAUGAAAAAAGAAUUUUGUAUUUUUGUAACACGACUAUUUGCUUAGUGUUUUUAAUGGAUGUUUAGAACACUAAGGUGUAUAUUGAAGACAUUUUGUUAAUUUUGUAACAGAUUUUUGCCUGUUUAAAGGUCCUUUAAUGAAGUUAUUCAGGUGUGUAACACUGCAGUAUGUGUGUCAGUUCAGUUUUAGAAACCAUUGUUGUAUAGAACUGCUGAUGAUGCAAAGAAAAGUUUUUGUUUGAUUGUCAUCUAUCUGAAUGACAUUUUAGGAAAAAUUGUUUAGUUACACCUGCCAGAAAUUUGGGGUUUUAUCAGAUUGCAUUUCGUUUGAGUUUUUGUCAAAUUGGAAUUUUGUGCAUUACAUACGGGUUUUGUAAAUAUUUAUGUACAUAUAUGUGUAUAUAUAUAUAUAUAUAUAUAUAUAUUGAUAAUGUUGUGGGGAUGAAGAAACUCAGAUGUUGAAAUGAGGGAAAGUAUUUUUAGGUAAGAUUUUGCUAAGCCCUGUAAUAGGAGGAAAACAGUGUGUUAGGUUAUUGUGUUUAAGUUGUGCGAAUAUGAGCCGUGCCAUGAGAAAACCAACUGUGAAAUAAAGAUUAUUCUGUGGGCUUGGAUAUGAUGAAAUUAUGUGGUUUGGCCAAAUCCGUUCUUGUCUAGAUAUGAAUUUGUGCUUCUUCACUUAUGAAUAUGAAAUAAAUGAGAAUUUUAUUAAAUCUACAACAAUUAGUCACCUACAAAUAUCAACGAUUUAGCAGUAUUAGCAAAGACUGGUAUUGAAUGAGUAAGAACUAAAUAAAAUAACACUUGACAAUUGAUCUUCAGCUGCUACAAAUGUAUAUCUUGAUAAAUUACUCUGUUAAAAAUGCUUUAACUACAGAAGAAAUUUAUUUAUGUCUGGGGAGACCUAUUGUUUUUGCAUUUGUCGUCCAUCCGUCCGCAUUAAGCUUGUCCAGCUUUCCAGGUCAAACUGCUGGCCGGAUUUUGACGAGAUUGAGACAUACGUUUUUGUGACGAAGACACCUAGUUUAUUCUGUAAUUAUGUCUCCCACCACACAGUAGUGUGGGAGACAUAUUGAUUUACUCCAGUCUGUGUGUUACAAAGCUUGUCUGCACUCCAAGUCGAACAUUUCUCAUCCGAUCUUCACCAAACUUCAACAAUAUGUGUCUGCCAAUAAGUGCUCAGCCAAGUUCGAUAACUAGCCAAAUCGGCCUAGGCACUUUAAAAUUAUGGCCCUUGAUUUACCAAAAACUCUCCGAUUUCUUGCGCAGUUUUACCCCUAAACCGGCGCCUAUACUACUAGUAGUAUAAGCAUCCUUUUGGUGUCAUGAAAGCGCAUGCACAUGUGGAUUAAGUAAACAGUAUAUAAGGACUGACUUACUAUUUAGAUGAUUAGGCAGUUGUGGGAGACAUGCGCUUUUCUCAAAAGCAUCUUUAGUUAGAAUAGGGUUUGGAAUUUAAUGCAAAAUUUUUUCACUGCCAGUAGGUGUUUAGAUGUGGUUGUGUUCAGAUGUGAUUGGAAUAUCUGAAUGGAAAGAAAUGUAUUUGUGUAAGAUUUGUUACAGUUUACAAUAGGACCAAAGUAAUAUGAUACUAACCAUUGAGGUGGAAAUAGUUUAAAUACUGUAGUAUUCAAACAUAGUUUCAGAUUUAUUAAAAUUUAAUGCAAAAUACGUAAGCAUAGAAAAUAUUUCAGCAUGCUAAUAUGAUGUAUUCUAUCUAUGUAUUAGACAUAUAUGUAAUAUAUGUUAUGCUCAUCUCUGCAACGUGUCAAUAUGAAUACUACAAAAGAAAAAGAACUGUCUGUCUGAAGGUGUAUACUUAUUGGAGACAGUCAUAUUGACUGUUUUCUAUUUAAAAUGCCUAGCCUGUUCUCAAAGCAAUUUCCAUUGUUGUGCUUUUUUUGGCACCAUUAAAUGCAGAAAUUCAAUUAGUAUGUUUCUAGAAAGUGAUGUAACACUUAUCUAAUUAAGUCUUAUUUGAUCAUGUGAUAAAAUGUGGCACCAUGAUGGGUAGUGGAAAAAAAAAACCUAUGUUCAAGGAUAACCUAAAACAAAAUUGUAACUUCAGCAUCUUUCAUCAUGUAAGCUGGAAUAAGGAAUUUCUACUUCAGGUUUUGCAUUAUAUUUAGAGAAAAAAGUAUUUGCUUCUCUUAAAAAAUUUUUUUUGUACGUUCAACAGGUUAAAUGGAGACCAUAUUACAUGCUUUUGGAUAACAAUAUAUGUGUAGAUUCUAGUCACAGUGUAUUUACUAAGUACAGUUACUUUGUUGUUUGGCAACUUCAGUCAUAAAGGUUUUAAUCAUCUUAAAGUCCUUCAUUUAUACAGAAUCCCAAGUUUAGCAGUAUUUGUUUAUAUAUUGUAUUACUAGUUUUUAACUUGGAAUGUGUUGUGAUAAAGACGGUAAUAUAUUAUUUACGCACUGUUAUGUUGUUAUGGCAAUUAUUUUCAGCAGUCGUUUUUGCUGGAUUGUAAUGUUGAAAUUUUAAAGAAAUUCGAAAUGAAAAUGUAUUGAUGUUAACUAUUUAUGAAGUCAGUCACACAAGGUAAGCUUGAUGUAGACUGGCCAUUUCUGAUACUAUAAAACAUUUAUGGUUUGAGAGAACUUUAUUUUUGCUAAUAUUAAUGGGUUUCAUUCGUGAAUUUCAAAGGUUUAUUUUACUAGUUGUAUCCGACAGUAUAAAGAUGGUUUUCUGCAUCAACAUUUCAUAGCACUUUAAUUACAUUUUGGGAAUAAAAUUUUUGAAUAAAUAGGAGCAAAUGGAUGAAAUGCAAGUGCUUUACAGCAGUUCUGUUAAUUUGAAAUGACGUAAAACUAAUAAUAAACAUUCCCUAUUGUAAAGAAUUUAGUAUGGAAUUAAUUGUUAGUAAUUCAUGUAUAUAGUCAGAUGUUUUAACUGUUACUAAAUAUUGAGAAGAUUUUAUGUUUAAGCAAAGCUUGCUAAGAUUUAGUACAUGAACUAUGUUGGUUUAUAAUACUUUAAAGAUUGGAAUAACUAUUAAUUUAUUCCAUGAAGUAAAAAAAAACAAUCGUUUACUGUUUUUUGUUCUGGUUAGGAAUUUUUAACAAUGACCAUUCCUGCAAAAUAUUUAUUUUGAGGAAAAACUUCAUGUACUAAAGUAAAUUUCAUGGUUUUAAGAAGGUCUGCAUAUUUGCUUAUUUUACAGGGGGAAAAAGUAGACAUACUGUAGCUGUAUUAGAUUUUCUGCUUCGACUUGUAAAUAAUUCUAAUAGACUAGGUUCCACUUGCUUCAAUAUUUUUGUAAAUUUCUUGUGACAGAAUAACAUUGCAACCUAGAGGGCGGUUACAGCUGUUGACUACAUGAACUUAAAUCCGACCUGUACUUUUCUAUGCAUGAUGAGGGGAAAUGGUCUGACGUACACCUAGGUCUGCAUUACAGGAGAUAAUGUUUGGCUAUUUUUCAUCAUGUAGCUAGCCUAGGUAAUUUGUUAUACAGGUUUAUAAAACCUACUGUAACAGAACAUGUCUGUGACUGUUAUUCAUUUUUCCUAUUGCAUUCAUUAAACAAGCUUUUGUGCGGUGGAAUUUUUUCAUUUUUCACAUAGCCAAAAACACAUUUUGGACUCGAAAAAGUCCAGACAGAUUGACUUUUAAACUGAACUUGAAUUGCUGAGUUUAGUUUCCAGACAGGUGGAGUAGUGCUUACACUUUCAAAAUUGUAUUAAAAUGUCUCAAAGAUUAUGUGCUUAUUAUGGAGAGUUAUUCAUAACAAAAUUGCCAUCAAGAGAAAAUGGCCACAUGUUGCAAUGAAAUAUAAAAUUAUAUGAUAAUGUUAAAAAAAAAAAAAAAGUGAUUAAAAAUGUCAAAAAUAUA